AUGGAGAUUGAGAUGCGCCCCAUCCCACCACACGGGCCCGACCAAGAAAUCGUCCGUCCGCCUCAUCCUGGUUUCCAGCGGAUGCUACUUUACAUUGCAAACGAACAAUAUGAAAAUGUACGAAACAAGUGGACAAAGUGGAUGUCAUUGCAACCAUCACCAGAUUCCGGAUGGGUUCAAGUCUUCGAAAAAUUGCCCGGUUUUAGACAAGCUGUGAAACCAGGACUACAUCCCUUGAUGAGGGCCUUUUGGUUCAUUGUGGUUUUGCUUUGUUGCAUCAUUGUGUACCUCAUUAUAAAAGAGGGCAUAAAGAGAACCAUGGGGCAUCCACUAGUCGUGUCAACGGAAACAGAAGAAGUUGGAAUCACGAAUAUCGACUUCCCACAAGUAACCGUUAGUCAUCUUGGUGGCUUGAAGCUCACUUCCAUAUUACAAGCACAUGAUAAUGAUGUGGACGCCAGAUUUUCUGCUAAUGUGAAAACCGAGGAUGGAGUUUUAUGGAACAGAAAUGACACCGGCGCGCUUCAACAAGUUAUUGAUCAAGCUUGUUCCUAUCAAACUACUUACGCGGGAUUGAACAACGUCGAAAAUGAUGAUAAUGGUAACACUCAUUUAUAUGUAAACAGCAAGAGCUACAAUCUCAUGGACGAUCCAACAUCCCAGAUAAUGACAGAGAAAAUUAUUCCGUUCCUUAAAAAAGCAACUUAUAAUUGCUCUGACGUAAUCGCGGGGUGUUUUCUUAAUGAAAUAUCUAUCCCUUGCGCAUUAUUGUUCAAGAAACGCUUCUCCGAGUGGGGUAGCACGUGCAUGUUCAACGGCAUCCCAGGGCUAGUUAGCAGACGAUUCCAAACCAUGCAGACAGUCAUUAGCGAAGAGGAAUAUACCCCCAACGAGCUUGAAGCAUGGAAGGAGGCUAAAUUAGACCAAGAUAUUGGGCAAGCAAAACCGAAAAUAAUAGGCCCAGUUCGUACCCCUUGGAGACAAACCUCUGCUGGAAAAACGUCAGGUUUAUCGUUUAUCAUAAAAGAUGAAAUACUUGAUAAAGGAUGUGUCCAUGGCGAGGGAAAAGGGUUCAUGCUCGCCGUUGCUCAUCCGUCUGACGAGCCUAAAAUUAAGCCUUUCGGGAAAUCCAUGCCCUUCGGACAUGAAGUAUUUAUUUCAAUCAAUCCAAUUCUACUAUUGGCGGAUGGUGAUAUUAAAAAGAUGCCAUUGGAUGAGCGUGGUUGCUUUUUUAGUGAUGACAAAGCAGGCGCCAACUUGAAGUAUUAUGAGAAAUAUACUAAGCAAAAUUGUUUCCAAGAAUGCAUUGCUGAUGCCGUCGACGCAAAGUGUCAUUGUAAAGGAAUUGUAAACCCAGGUGACCCAAAACGAGCAUUGUGCGAUACAUAUCACUCGACGAAAUGUGCAAUACAAAAAGAAAAGGAGAUGUAUGACGAAGGCAUACAAGAUUCUUGUAAGAAAUGUCGACCUAGUUGUCGACAAACCAAGUACACCACGUCUGUCACUUGGAGUCCAUUAACGCAAAAACACAUGGCGUUGUACAGGAACAAAUACAAGGAGCAAUUGAUUAACAAUGAGACGUUCUCCAUCGUCUACGUCUACUUUGAAAUGGACUCCGUCCAAGCGUCACGAAGAAGUGCAAGAUACAGCACCUUUGAGGAAGUUGGUCUUGUGGGCGGAACGAUUUCCAUGAUCACUGGCCUGACCUUGCUGGACAUCAUCGAAGCAAUUGUCGUCAUCGCAGCUCUAAUUAUGGCUCAGCACAAGAUUAGGACGAGUAUCAGCCAAAUGGAAUUUACCUGGCCCAGCCGUAUUCCACGCUUUACAUUGCGUGCCCCACCUCCCCAAGAAAUUAUUGACCUACCCGUAAUUAAUGUUGACCAUUUGGACGUCCAAGAAAUUGUUGAGCAGCUUACAAUUGAUGUCGAGCCUCUGGAACCCCAAGAAACUGUCGAGCCUCCAAUUGUCAUUAGUGGCCAACCAGGAAAUCCAUCCCCACCCGAGCAUCCGCUGGAAAAUCUUCCCGGAUUUAUCGUCUAA